GCCCCGAGUGCUUCCCACUUUGAGCCAUCAGGUUUGAGGAGCCCCAGUCGUAGCCCACCGGCGGGGUGUUCGCUCUCGGCAUCGCCGCCGGCGCGCCCGGCCCCCGCCACCUGACAACUCGCACAAGUCGGGCGCGGUGCGCUCCUCCGGCUAUCCGCUGCUGUGAGGAAGCAGCGCGACCACCCCGGCGGCGCUCCCCAUCAUCCCUGCGGGCACCGCACCGCGAAGCUCGGGAUGCCCUUCCCGUCCGCGCCCCGACGUGGGGCUGUUGGUUCUUAUGGCGCCCCCCGCCGGUCCCGCCUCGCAGCCUCCCUCUGAGCGGCGGGGAACUUGGGGCCACCUUCAGGAGGGACGGCGCGUGCAUAAUGGCAGCGCUCCCAGCGGGGAGAGUGCCCGUGUAAGAGCCUCCUCUGGGCACCGCGUCUGCCCCGCCGAGCAGCGCCUCCCCGCUGCGGGCGUCCUCCUGCCCCCACCCACUGAGGAAGACGGCGCCAUGUCGGCCGCCAUGGCUCCUGGAGGAGUGGUGGUGGUGGUGAUGGUGGUGGUGGUGGUGGUGUCCUCCAUUUUGUCGGAAGCCGCUGCGGGGAGCUUGGGGCCAAUGCAACCCAAUGUAGGGCGGCCAUGUGAGGCGCUCCGGUCCGGCCCCCGGCGGGAAGAGGGGCCGGGAGCCCCUGGCAGCGCCGCGAGGCGGGAGCAGCGCUCCGGGCGGCGACGGGAGCCCAGCGCCGGGAGCCAACUCCCCGCCCGCCCUCUGCCAAAAUGGAGGAUGCGCACUUCCUUUGCGCGCCGCCGUCCCUCUCUCUGGCCAUGGCACCCACGCCUGUUUCGUCGAGGACCUGGGCAGCUCAGCUUCCCCUAUGGCGCUCCGGCCCCUCUCAGCCCCAUUCCUUCAUCCCCUUCUGCCCCGAAGAAGGAGAAAGAGAGGGCGAGCCCCCGCCCCGUCCUUCCUAGCCGGUAUCAGCUCUCGUCAACCACGUGGCGCGGUGUCCCUUGGAGAGGGCGUCUCGCGUGCCUAAGGAGCGGUCCGGGCUGCCGGCGCCACCGCCAUGCCGGGGCCGGGGCCUCCCGCGCCGCCCCGCAGAGGAGGGAGCUCUCCCAGGUUACGGAAGGGGUUAGCUUUUCGCCACCGGUCAUGGUGUGCUUGGCUAACGAUAUUCUUGUGUGGGAGAGACUAGAGCAUUUCUACCGUCUAUUGUCACAACAACACAACCCAGGGACACGUGGAAGUCAAUGGCUGAAGCCAAACACCCAACGCUACUCCUGGUUGUUGACUGAAAUUAAUGCCUUUUUCACAUCAUCCAACCUCUCUGAUGGGAUUGUGAGGGCUGCUUGAUGUUGGAGUAGCAGUGCUCAUUCCUGAAAGGAGGGAGCUGCUGGUAGAAAAAAUCUAACGAAGCAUCUGCUAAGGAGAAAAAAUGCCAAGGAGAGGGGUCACUACCUACGUUGGAGGUCUACUCAAAUAAUUCAUAAGCUUUGUUCCAUGUUAUUAGCCCUGUCCAAAUAAUCGUGGUAGCCAUACAACUGUUGAAAUUUCAACACUAAAUCUUGUAUGUUCUGCCAAACCAGUGGUUCAUGACCAUGUCUCCUUCAUUAGCCUUGAACACCUUGUAGGUUGUAAUGUCAAAGCUGCAUUUAGUCAUCUUUCGCAUUACAUAUGUUCCUGCCUUUCCAGUUGCAUGUAGCAGGAAGACAUCUUUGUUCUAUGAUAAUGCCUCUACAUAGAUGUAGUGAUGAAGUUCAGAAAUUCAAGACCUAAGUGCCAGUUUUUGAGAGCUUUCAUGCACAAAGAUAAGUGGUAAAAUAUUCGUGCUUUUCUCAUUCAGAACACGUUAAGUGCUACCUAUUAUUCAUAGUUACUCAAAAAAAGUAAUUGAAGAGCGCCUUCCUUUUACUACUGCCCUAGCAAUAAACAUUACUUAAGAAAGUUAUCAAAUACUUUUAUAUAGUGAUGUAGACCCUUUCCAUUGAUGUUUUGUAUUAUGCCAUUGUAAUAGAAUUUUUAAUGGUUUGCUUGCGAUUUUGGAACUGUACUGAAAUAAAUUUCUAUAUAAAGGUCUGUAACUUUAGAGAACCCUAGUCCCCCUAUAGACAUAUAACCCUAUUUUUGAAUUUAUAUGUUCAAAAGUAGACACAAAUAGUGAAAUGCAGCAUGUAUUUUUUCAAUUAAUUUUUCAAAUGACAUCAGGAGGAAGGAGGAAAAUGUCCAGACACCUAGUAAGUUCUCCCUGAUCUGUAAAAUCAUGUCGAUUAUUUUGAAGGACAAACCAGAUCAAGUCAUUCUAUUUUAUGUUUUGAAAGCUAACAUUAGUUCAAAUACUAAGCCAUAAAAUCUCUUCAUGAAUGCCACAGAUCCAAAAGGGAUAUAUUUAUAGGCUCCACAGCACUGUCUCCACGGAAAGGCCUAAUGUCAGCAACCUCACUAAAAACAUCUUACAUAUUGACUGGCAGUAGAUAAAUCCAACAAGGCUGAACUAACGGUAUGCUCUAUGACUUAUAAGAAGAAUGACAUCCUUCUAUCUGUCACAGAGUAAAAUUGUCUCAAAAAGCAGUCAACUGUAUUUGAACUGAUCUUUAAGGUCCCUUCCAACCUUAGUCAUUCUGUAUGAUUAUAUGAUGGUAUUUUAAAGAGCUGGUGUUUGAGCAGGAAUCUUAGGAAGACUACCAAGCCAACCUCCAAGUGAUGCAUAGUAAAUAGGAUCAGAAUGCGCACAAAGCUACGUCCUGCCAUCAGCAAUGUUUAUUUAUGAUUUAAAAUAGUGGGUUUUAUACCAGAAGUAGGAGUAAACAUAUCUUGUUUCCGAAAGGGCUUAAUCAGCCUGGGUGCUGCUCUGGUUUGCAUAAGUGUCAUUGUCUCAGUGUCUAGAAUGGAGUUCUGAGGACUGAAAAUACUUGAACAAGACGUAUUUCACUGUUCCAUGCAUGUAACACUCCAAAGGUAGUGGUUCCUGGAACCCUUCAAAACACGGAUUGUUACAGCUGAUUUGAAGAUUGGCUUGGAAAAAAACUCAUGUUUUGAAGGUAAAUAAAAUGUGAGUUUGUAAAAAUGUGUGUUUCCAGCACAUGUGGAAGUGAAAGAGAAGUCUAAUCCUUUGUAAAACAUGUGACCACAACAUUUCUUCUAUGUCCUUGUUUUCUUCUAUAUUGUCCUGUCCACAAACCUUAUUCUUUCUGUCUUAAACAGUUUUAUUUAUCCACUAUCAUAUUAUUUUCUCUACUUUCUCCCCCUACUAUUUCUGACGGUAUUUAUUUUCUUUUUGUUUAUGUCCCUUAUCUCACUUAUUUGCCUCUAUGUAGCCUCAAUCCUAUUGGCAUUUUCUUUGACCAUCAGAAAGAAAGAUGAGGAAAAACUGUAGUUGGUGGUGGAACAUGUUACGUUUUCAUGUUCAUGGCAUAGUGGAGUUCUGGUCUACUAGUUGAUUCACCAACACAACUUCAAGAAGUAGCAGCAGAAGGAAAAAUAUGGGAAAAAAACCAACAAAACAAAAACAGACAAACAAAUAAACUCUUUUAAAACACCUAUGAUCAGUAGCAUCUUGAUCUUUCUGGGUUUUUUUUUCAUAAUAUUUUCUGUAUUGCUGUUUUUGUCAUUCAUUUGGUAUUUCAGCUAUUCUUUAUAGACUAAGCUCUUAAGAUAUGACCAUACAUAUGUAUAUGUUCAUACAGUACAUAGUACAUGUACUCAUACUAUUAGAAAAAAUGAAAAGAAUAAUUGUUUUCAACAAAAUGUUACCUGUGGUUUUCGUUUUGUUUUUUGAGCUAUGUAUACUUCUCAUAAUAUUUAUAAUCAUAUAUAUGUUUAAAUUAGUUGCCAUCAGCUGCUUAAUUUGCAACAUAACCAAAAGUGAUCUUUCAAAAAGUCAAAUUGUGAGACAGUAUACAAUAUCCUAUAAGAUUAUUAUUCAUUGCAUGCUAUACUUUAUCUUGGAAUGUCCCUUAUGCCACAUCCCACAUUUGAGUUUUGAAAAAAUAAAGAGCAACUGGGCAGCCUCCUCACAGA